AUGGACAAGGCAAGUGAGAAAUGGAGAUGCGAAAACUCCGCUGCGAUGGCUGCCCCGAGCCGGACGGCCAUCCCCCAAACCACCACCGCCGUUCGUCUUCGGUACAUUUACGAUCCCAAACCUCAAUCACCCAAGGUCCCAGUUCUGAUCCGUCCUCCAGGCCCGAGACCUCCCUCGGUAAAACAGGGCUCAAAGCUCAGCUUGUCCGGCGAUCCUCCAACCAAAACAAUGAUGAGGAGACGAGCUCAGUCGCUUUCUUCACCUGCGGAGAGGAGGAGAGCGCUCAGGAGCCAGCAGGUUCGCUUUGUGGACUCGCUGGGCCUUGAUUUAGAGGAAGUAAAAGUGUUUGAAGUUAAAGAACGGCCCCUGAUACCCCAACAUGUUAUUUUCAGACUACUGAUGAGCUCUGAGAGAGCCUUCGGGAAAUCUUUGGAGCUGUCCCUGCCUCACUUUAAACCCUGUUUCCCUGAGAAUAUGGGAGCUCAACCCGACUUCCUGAAGCGUGUGCGCGCACAGGCCGUGUGUCUGGAGCAGGUUGUGUGCUCAGAGCUGGGGAUAGUAGGCACUAUACAAGUACUUAAUUUAGACUAUGAGAAAAAGGUCACAGUGCACUACUCUUUUACCAACUGGAGAACAUCCACGGAUACAACGGCAUCCUGGGUAUCAAGCGGGGCCCAGGGAGAAUAUGACGCUCCGGGGACAGACGUCUUCCGAUUUCGUCUGCCGGUGCCGCCUUUCAUUUUGCAGCCAGGAGCUUUAUUGGAAUUCGCCAUCUGCUAUCAUGCCAAAGGUUCUAAUUAUUGGGACAACAACAAUGGGUGCAAUUACAAACUGACUUGUCACAGCUACAAGGUGACUGUACCGAGGGAAUGUGAGGAUAGUAUGCUGCAUUUUACCUGA